UUGGAGACUAGCACGCUAUUUGAGAAGGAGGGCUUUAGGCGCAAGUCCUGACGAACACGGGGUUGGCGGCCCAAGAGCAUUAUUUCGCUGGUACUGGUGUUCAAAUUAAUCGUUCGAAAUGAACGCUGCGUGCGCUUCCUUCUUCGCGCACCCAAAACCGCGCCGCUGCGCAGGAAAAGGUGCUUUGCGGGCGGAUGUGACGUCACGGCGCUACUGGAAGAGCGAAAGCGAAGCUGCGCUGACAGCAGCGCGACAUCGAGCGGAAAAACGAAGCGAAACAGCGCCUUGUUUACAUCCCUUUAUGUGAUACUACAGUACGAUCUGGGAUUUGACACCGGACCCUUUAAAUCCAAGACAUGAACAGCAGCAUGAUGUGAGCGCUGGAGAGGAGUCCAGCUGAUGGGCCGCACAAUGGCGGAGGACGCGGAAACUGCCCCAAAGGGCGCGGAUUGCUCCCCUGCGUCGCGGAGCAGCCAGAAGAAGUAUAGGAGCCAUGCCCACCCACAAGGCCUUCUGGGAGGGCUGUUGGCGCUCAGGGAAGGAGGCGCUCUGUUUGACGUCACGUUGCUGGUCGAGGGUCGACCCAUCCAGGCACACAGGAUCCUGCUGGCCGCCUCCUGCGACUACUUCAGGGGCAUGUUUGCUGGGGGACUGCGAGAGAUGCGGGAAUCAGAGGUGCCUCUCCAUGGUGUCACGCACACAGCCAUGAGCAAGCUCCUGGAUUUCAUCUACACAGCAGAGCUGGAGCUGGACCUGGAGAACGUGCAGGAGGUUCUGUGUGCGGCCAGCUUGCUUCAGAUUCAAGAUGUGAUAGACUUCUGCUGUGAUUUUCUCUUCACCUGGCUGGAUGAUGACAAUAUCCUGGAGGUCUACAAGCUGGCUGACAUGUAUGGGCUGGAGCAGCUGGGAGCCAAAGUGCACUCCUACCUCUUGAAGAACAUCCAGACUUUCUCACGGACUCCCAUUUACCGCCAGCUUCCCAAGGAAAAGGUCUUCAGCGUGCUCUCCAGUGAUGAUCUGGAGGUGGACUCAGAGAACGAGGUGUACGAGGCUGCGUUGCACUACCACUACAGCCCUGAGCAGGUGGAGACAGACCAGGUUUGCUUACAGGACCCCCUGCCCAUGUUGGAGGCAGUGCGUUUCUGCCUCAUGGAGCGGCCAGUGCUGCAGCGUCUACAUGAGCGGCUGCGUCGCUGUGCACUACGGGAGCGCAUCACCGCUGCCCUACACUACCACGGGCAGGAGCUGUGGCAACCUGUGCUCCAGGGGCCCCUCACACAGCCACGCUCGCGUUUUCGCUGCAUCCUGGGCUUCGGCGGCAUGUACUCACCCGGCUCCGUUGCCCACGGCGACGAGCUCCAGGUCUUCCACCCAUCAUGGGCUGAGUGGAGAACACUGGCUGCCCCACAGGCGCCUCGCAUGUCCAACCAGGGCAUUGCUGUGCUCAACAACUUUGUCUAUCUCAUCGGUGGCGAUAAGAACACCAGCAGCUUCCGCGCCGAGACCCGCUGCUGGAGGUAUGACCCUCGUCACAACAGUUGGUGCAGCAUCAAGCCCCUGCAGCAGCAGCAUGCAGACCACUGUGUGUGUGUGGUAGGGGGGUACAUCUAUGCCAUUGGGGGCCGCGACUACAGCAACGAGCUGGACUGCGUGGAGCGCUACAACCCCCACACCAACAGCUGGGAGUACAUGGCUCCGCUCCGCAGGGAGGUGUAUGCCCACGCAGGAGCUGUGGUGGAUGGAAAGAUCUACGUCACUUGUGGACGGCGGGGGCUCGCCUACCUGAAGGAGACGUACUGCUAUGACCCCCAGUUCAACCAGUGGACAGCCCAUGCAGAGGGGCCCGUGGAGCGCGCGUGGCAUGGCAUGGUGUCACUCGGGAGCCGGGCCUACGUCAUUGGGGGCAGCAACGACGAGCGUGGCUAUCGACGUGACGUCCUCAAGGUGGCAUGCUACAAUGCAGCAGCAGACACCUGGACGCUGGUGAGCCCACUGCCAGCAGGACAUGGAGAGCCAGGUAUGGCAGUGCUGGAUGGCCAGAUCUACGUCCUGGGCGGCCGCUCCCAUGACAAGGGCAGCCGUAUGAAGCACGUGCACGUGUAUGAGCCGGCCGCCGACCGCUGGGAGAGUGGCGCAGCCUUCGAGGAGCGCGUAUCGGGCCUGGCAGCUUGCGAGCUACUAAUGCCCCGCGCCACACUGGCACAGGCCCGUGGCUGGGGCCAGCGUGCCAAGGCCUCCUGGGAAGACCCUGACUUCGACAACUCGGACGACUCCAGCGAUGACUGAGCGAUGAGGCUUGACAUACACUUUGGCUUUGGUUCCCGCUAUAGAUGAAGCAAAGGGUGACCCAGACAGAGAGGUCUCACUUCUUUAUUACUGUUUGGGUGGAAGGAGGGAUGUGGUACUUUACACUACCCUGACUAAAUAUCAUUUAAAAUUUUAAACUGAAAAAAUGAGAUCAGAUUACAUGACUGGGCAUCAAGUAAAAAUAACGCAUUGAGUGGCGCAUUUCACACUUGGGCCCACCCACACGCCUGUGAUAGCUACUGUGUCUCAUUUCAGAUAAGAAAAACAAGUGAUGUAAAAUGAAAGUAAGGGUUAAGUCCUCCAUCAACAAGUGCUAAACAAGAUAGUUAUUUUUGUGCCCUUUUGCUGAGCAGAACUCCUGGCAGCGUGGGUUGUGGGAGGAGACGGCCAACUGGCCCGCCCUUCGUCUGAGUGGUGCUGACUUUUGUCACGGCCUGGGAUGUCAUGAGGCUCAGCUUGGAUGUUUGCCAUCUCACCCUUCUUUCAGCUUCUUCCUUGCAUUUUUCCCCCCCCUUUUUUUUUUUUUGCCAAAGUCUUUUUCUGCCAUUCUCUUCCAGGCAGUCUGCCCAGGGCCAGGCUUGGGGAGAGGACAGAGAAACUGCUAGAGAGGCCAACCCCCUGACAUCAGUGUAGCCUCUAGACUCCUCAGAAAAGAAAUGGACACCUAGAUUUGAAAAUUUCCAAACCUUUAGCGGACUCCACACACACUUACAAAUAUGCAAGGACACUGAACGCGCAGUAUUUGAAACUGCGGAGAAGAGGGUUGAAACUGGUGCUUCUGUUCAGCUGUCCAAACGGGCCUGGCUUGUUCUUCUCCUUCUUACAUAAACUGAUUUUCCAAAAAUCUACUUCCUAUAAUUGUGGAAAAUUGGAUGGGGAAAAUUUUGUUGAUUCAUAUUACUGAAGACAUAUUGGGAUACUUUCUUAAUAGGAACUUUAUUGUCUAAUGAUGAAAUGAUUAAUUGCAAAUGCUGUCAAUGUAAUAUGUCUCUAAUUGCAUGACUUUGUGUGCCAGCAUUUAGACAGCAGUUUAUUUUAUUUUUAUUCUGUCUAUACAGCCGCCAGCUGUAGACUUUCCAAAACUCAUGGGUGCAAUUGUGGACCAGGCAUCUGUGGGCAGAUUUUUUUUUUGGAAGGAAUGAAGACUUCACAUAUGCACUUUAAAAUGUUCGAGUUCAAUUUUAUUUCAGGUGCCUUAUUUAUUUCUAGAAGAUUACAUUUUCCAGAACCCACACUCCAAGGUUGAAUAGCACAUUUGAAAUGUAUGAUUCUAAAGUAUUACUGGAGUUCUGAUGUUACAUAGUAAUCCUGACAUGUUAGAGAAUCGAUGUGACAGUACACUGGCUCGUUAUUUUACAAACGACCGAGCGAGGAAAACGAUCCAAAUAUCCAUUUUCCAGUUUAUUUUUAAUUGCAUUUUCUUCGCAGAUUUUCUAAAAUAUAUCUGUAGCAGAGACCCUGUUUACCAAACAGACAGAUGGCAGUAAAAGCACUUAAAGAUAAUAGGACUGUGAAACUGCCUGAUUUAACUCACUUCCACAGUGUUUACAGCCCAUGGCUGGUGUUCCUGAUCAGUGAUCAAUAACAAAAUGAGGACCGUUACACAUUUAUGGGAUGGAUCCCUCUAAAAUCAUUGUUGAAUAGGAGUUUGUAGAAAUUUUAUUUUCUGUCAUUUUAGUUUUGAUUUUAAUGUAGCUAGUAAUUCAGUAAAAUUUAUUUAAAAUUAUUAUAGCUACAUCCAAAACUUUUGCAGAACAGAACCCGUGAAUAAAUUAAGAGUCUGUAUUAAAGUUUUUAUUGACUGUGACAUGAUGGCAAAAAGACUAGUUACAAACAGACUUCUAAUCCAAAUUUUGCUCAUAAGAUAAAGAGACAGUGUACAUGUUUCUCUACAUUUAAUUAUUGUGAGGUCAAGACUAACACCUCUGUGUGCCAUAACAGCAGCAUUAAUGACAGGGGAUGGGGUUCUUUAAGGCACGUGCACCUGUAUGCGUGGCUACACCAGCACUCUGAAUCAGGGAUUGACAUAUGCGGCUUCAGCCCCCCGGCGAGGAAAACGCAGGCCUCACUCUACAGGUUGAGUCACCACAUUUAAUUUGAUCUCCCAAACGACCCGUCUAUUUUCAAAUAAAGCAUUAGGGAAUCCCAAAUCUAGGUCAUCGUGGCCUACUUUUUUGUUCCAGGCCACGCUACCACCAUGGAUAAUGUCCUUUAUUGGAUGGCUGAACAAGAGGGGACUUAAUCUUCCAGAACCAUUUUUGCAGCACAGGCAGUUAAACAAAAUCGUGUUUUACCUGCUGUUUCUGCUCAUGCCUUCCUCAUAAAUUUGGGUUUUCACAGGUACCUGUUUUCACAGUUGCAGUUAUUUCUUAUAUGCUUUUAUGUCAGAGUAAGACAACAGCGAAGACUUGCUUUUGUUUACAUUCAAUUCAUAAACUAUGUCAUGAAACACUGAAAAACAGACAGUUGUUUUCUUCCUGUGAUUUAGGUGAAAAGGACUUAAUGUCGGUUGUUUCAGAAUGGAGUUGUCAUCAUUGUUUCAACAGCCCAUUGUCCUGGUCCAUAGACCAAGCCUUCAAAUGCAGAAGAAAAAAAAAAACACUGUGCUUUUGAGGUUUUGUUCAGUUACUUUUACACUUAUUGUUUAAUAAAAUUUUAAAUAAAAUAUACUAUUGCAAAUCUUACAUGAGUUACUAGAGUCGUUAAAACUUACAAACCCUAAACAAUUCCAAAUGACCUAAAAACACUAUUACCAUAAGAAAGUUUUACAAAUUGUCACUUGCAUAACUAUGUAUGUGUUGCCUUACUGACUUAGAUUCAACUGAGGUUGAACAAGUGAAUGUCAUCUGAAUUUGAUUUCAAUAACAGUCUCAUAUUGUGCUACACUGCGUUUUUUGGCCCUGCGUCUGUCUACCUCAACAUGUUCACACCAGAUGAUGUAAACCUUGUGAACAGGAAAUGAAACUAUCGCCUCUAACUCCACUUCUCUUGAUAUGCUGUAUGACUGUACAGAUUAUUGUAACUUCCACACUGACAGGAACACUGCUAACAUUUCAAAACAGAUUCCCUCUGAUUUUUUUGACUACAGCUGAAUUGCAUGCAUUGUUGUAUGUGAAGUCUUAUGUAAUCUUGAUAAAACCUAGUCUCAGUGUC